UGUCGCUUUAAAUCGCCUCGGGUGCAUUUCUCUGUUCCUACCUACUAUUAACCAACAGGUCUCGGAGCCGGAGUGAAAUGAGGGUGUGUGUGUGUGAGUGAGAGAGAGAUGUUUUGCCCUGGGAGUGGCUGCUGGAUAUUCCAGGCAGGGUUGCGAGUGCCGCUCGGCUCAGUGAAGAAAACGCACACGCUCGUAUACGCACUCCUCCAGAGCUGACGUGGGCUGUGGCCUUGCACAGCUGCUGCCCAUCUGCCACUGAGAAGCAGCCACAGGAGCUAGACAAGAGGAAAGAGGGAGUAGACAGAAGGGAAGAGGAAAAGUGGCUAAGUAUGGACACGCUGCAAGAUUGGGCCCUGGCGUACCCGUCUCUGGCCCGGCUGCUCUGGGUGAUAGUGCUGGUAUUGGCCACCGUCCUGAUUUGGAGCUUGUUCUUCUGCUGCUGGGGAAGCCAAAGCUCCACCUCCCCACUGGAGAGAUACCUCUCAGCCAUGGAGAAACAGUCAAAGACAAAGCACCAGAGCCAGCGGAAGAAGAAGCCGAAGGACAAGAGUGUCUCAGCGGCUCUGCUAAAUGAGGGGAUCGUCGGGGUGAUCAAACUGGCAACCCCUCUCUCUCAAGAGAAACAGAAGAAGAAAGAAAAAGAAAAACACGGGAAGAAGACAGAGGAAGAAAAGAAGGAGGGAAAGGAUGAGAAGGAGGAAGAGAAAGAAGAGAAGCGCUCUACAACAGUGAGGAAGAGAAACAAACGGCACCUGAAAGUCACCAUCGCACCUGGUACUGUGACUUCAGCUUCUGCUGAACAGGUCAUGUCAGGUGGUCGCCGGCGGGCACUUGAGCGGUCUGCAUCAGAGGAGAGUGCAAGUGACCUGAGCUCUUCACCUUUUCCCGGAGACACCUUACCAUGGAACCUCACCAAACACCAGCGCGUUAAACGCUCCAAAUCUGCCUCCGGAGAUGUCCUGGACCCUGCAGAGAGAGCAGUCAUUCGCAUUGCAGAUGAACGGGAUCGAGUACAGAAAAAGACCUUCACAAAAUGGGUGAACAAGCAUCUGAUAAAGGCCCAGCGACACAUCACAGACCUGUAUGAGGAUCUCAGAGAUGGACACAACCUCAUCUCGCUGCUGGAGGUGCUGUCUGGAGAGACACUGCCCAGAGAGAAGGGUCGCAUGCGCUUUCACAAACUGCAGAAUGUACAGAUCGCACUGGACUUCCUCAAACAUAGACAGGUGAAACUGGUGAACAUCAGAAAUGAUGACAUUGCGGAUGGAAAUCCAAAACUGACCCUUGGGCUAAUAUGGACCAUCAUCCUUCACUUCCAGAUCUCCGAUAUCCAGGUGAACGGUCAGUCAGAUGAUAUGACCGCCAAGGAGAAGCUGCUCUUGUGGUCUCAACGGAUGGUGGAGGGCUACCAUGGCCUGCGCUGUGAUAACUUCACCACCAGCUGGAGAGAUGGCAAGCUCUUCAAUGCCAUCAUCCAUAAACACAGACCAAAUUUGAUUGACAUGAAUAAGGUGUACAGACAGACCAACCUGGAGAAUCUGGAGCAGGCCUUCAGCGUAGCAGAAAGAGACUUGGGCGUCACACGCCUGCUGGAUCCUGAAGAUGUGGACGUGCCACACCCAGACGAGAAGUCUAUCAUCACAUAUGUGUCCUCUUUGUAUGAUGUCAUGCCAAGAGUUCCUGACGUUCGGGAUGGAGUCAAGGCCAAUGAAUUGGAGUUGCGCUGGCAGGAAUAUUACGAGCUGGUGACCAUGUUACUCCAGUGGAUCAGACAUCACAUUAUCGUGUUUGAGGAACGCAAGUUCCCCUCCAGCUAUGAGGAAAUUGAGGUUCUCUGGCGUCAGUUUUUGAAGUUCAAGGAGACUGAACUACCAGCCAAGGAGACUGACAAAAAUCGCUCCAAGCUCAUUUACAAGUCUUUGGAGGGUGCUGUGCAGGCGGGUCAGAUCAAGGUUUCCCCCAGCUACCACCCCAUCGAUGUGGAGAAGGAGUGGGGACGCCUGCAUGUGGCCAUUCUGGAACGAGAGAAACUGUUGCGCUUAGAGUUUGAAAGGCUGGAGCGUCUGCAGCGAGUAGUCAGUAAGGUGCAAAUGGAGUCAGGUUUAUGCGAGGAACAGCUCAACCAGGUGGAAACACUGUUACAAACGGACAUACGUCUGCUGAGUGCGGGAAAGCCUAUCCAGCAUGCGUCUGAGAUAGAAGCAGAUCUGAACAAGGCUGAAAACAUGAUCCGAUACCUUUUCAAUGAUGUGCAAUUACUUAAAGAUGGGCGCCAUCUACAGGCAGAACAGAUGUACAGGCGGGUAUACCGUCUCCACGAGCGUCUGGUUAACCUGCGCAGUGAGUUUAAUCUGCGUCUGAAGUCAGGUGUGACGGUGUCGCAGGUGCCCAUGACCCAGAUCUCCCACAUGCAAACAUUACAGCAGUCUCCCCAGCGCGUAAGACCUGAGCUUGAUGAAGUCACUCUCAAGUACAUUCAUGACCUCCUGUCUUGGGUGGAGGAGAACCAGAGACGCAUUGAUGGGGCAAAGUGGGGCGAAGAUCUGCCCUCUGUGGAGUCUCAUCUCGGUAGCCAUCGUGGCCUUCAUCAGUCCAUCGAGGAAUUCAAAUACAAGAUUGAUCGUGCGCGGGCUGAUGAGAAUCAGUUGUCUCAAGUCAGUAAGGGAGCCUAUCGAGAAUACUUGGGCAAACUGGACCUUCAGUAUGCUAAACUGCUGAAUGUUUCCAAGUCACGGCUGCGGAGUUUGGAUCAGCUGCAUGCUUUUGUUGUGGCCGCCACAAAAGAGCUGAUGUGGCUGAACGAGAAAGAAGAGGAGGAAGUGAACUACGACUGGAGCGACCGAAACUCCAACAUGACUGCCAAGAAAGAUAACUAUUCUGGUUUGAUGCGAGAUCUUGAACAGAGAGAGAAGAGAGUGAACAAUGUCCAGAUGACUGGAGACAAACUGCUAAAAGAAGGCCAUCCUGCCAGGAAAACUGUGGAGGCUUUCACUGCAGCUCUUCAGACUCAGUGGAGCUGGAUCCUUCAGCUGUGCUGCUGCAUUGAGACUCAUCUGAAGGAAAACACAGCUUACUUCCAGUUCUUCUCAGAUGUUAAAGAGGCUGAAGAGAGGAUGAAGAAGAUGGAGGACAUGAUGAAGAAGAAGUAUGUGUGUGAACGCUCUAUCACAGUCACACGGCUAGAGGAUCUUCUACAGGAUACAGUGGAAGAAAAAGAACAGCUAAACGAAUUCAAGACUCACCUGGAGGGUCUCAACCGGAGAGCCAAGACCAUUAUCCAGCUAAAGCCGAGGAACACAGCUUACCCUGUCAAAGGCAAAUUACCCAUUCAGGCUGUCUGCGACUUCAAACAAAUGGAGAUCACAGUACACAAAGGAGAUGAGUGUGUCCUGGUGAACAACUCCCAACCGUACAACUGGAAAGUACAUAACUCCAGUGGAAACGAGGCCACAGUACCGUCCAUCUGUUUUAUCAUCCCUCCCACCAACAAAGAGGCCGUGGACGUCAGUUCUGGGUUAGAUGCGAGUCUGCAGAGGCUGAUGGUCCUUUGGCGAAAGCUGCAUGUAGAUAUGAAGAGCCUGCUGUCCUGGCAGUACCUCAUGCGAGAUUUCCUGCUUAUCAACUCCUGGAAUUUAAUCAUGUUUAAGACUUUGAGAGUUGAGGAAUAUCGACUGACCCUGAAGAACCUGGAGGAGCACUAUCAGGCCUUCCUGCGUGACAGUCAGGAUUCUGAGCUCUUCGGUGCUGACGAUCGUUUGCAAGCAGAAAACAGUUACAGCAAAGCCACUCAACACUAUGAUAACUUGCUACGCUCUGUUGAACAAGAACCUGUUUUCAUCCAAAAGGGAAGCGUACCAGGGGAGCAGGAUGAGUCAGUGUGUAAGAGUUACAUCACCCAGAUCAAGGACCUGAGACUGAGACUAGAGGGCUGUGAGAGCCGCACAGUGAACCGCCUCAGACAGCUGGUGGACAAGGAGCCUCUCAAAGCCUGUGCACAGAGAGCCACUGAACAGAAGAAGGUGCAGGCUGAGUUGGAGGGUAUAAAGAAAGACCUGGAUAAGAUGGUGGAGAAGAGUGAAGCAGUGCUGGCCACAUCUCAGCAGUCCAGUUCCGCCCCUGUCCUGCGCUCAGAAAUAGACAUCACCCAGAAAAAGAUGGAGCAUGUCUACAGUCUCUCCUCCGUGUACCUUGACAAGCUGAAGACCAUUGACAUGGUAAUCCGCAGCACACAAGGAGCUGAAGACAUUCUCAACAAGUGUGAAAACCAACUGCGUGAUGUAAACAAAGUUCCUGUUAAUGAGAAAGACGUUGAGGCCAACCAAACACAGCUCCAGAAAAUGCGCACAGAAGCAGUGGGCAAGCAAUCCACGUUUGACCGUCUGGAAGAGGAGCUUCAGAGGGCUACGGCGGUGAACAACCGGAUGUCUCAACUGCACAGUGAGCGGGACAUAGAGCUGGAGCACUACAGGCAGCUGGUGGGUAACCUGAAGGACCGCUGGCAGGCUGUGUUUGCUCAGAUUGAGCUAAGGCAGCGAGAACUUGACCUUCUAAGUAGGCAAAUGCAGGCCUACAGACAGAGCUAUGACUGGCUCAUCCGCUGGAUAGCAGAUGCCAAACAAAGGCAGGACAAGCUUCAUGCUGUGCCAAUAGGUGACAGCAAAGCCCUUCAAGAACAGCUGAACCAGGAGAAGAAACUGCUUGAGGAGAUUGAGAAGAACAAGGACAAGGUGGAUGAGUGCCAGAAAUAUGCUAAAGCAUACAUUGAUGCCACAAAGGAUUAUGAGCUUCAGCUGGUGACGUAUAAAGCUUUGGUGGAGCCCAUCGCUUCUCCUUUGAAGAAGACCAAAAUGGAGUCUGUAUCUGAUGACAUCAUCCAAGAGUAUGUGACUCUGAGAACACGCUACAGUGAGCUGAUGACUCUUUCGAGUCAGUAUAUUAAAUUCAUUAUUGAGACACAGCGCCGUCUAGAGGAUGAGGAGAAAGCUGCCAAAAGACUAAAGGAGGAAGAGAGGAAAAAGCUGGCUGAAAUGCAGGCCGAACUAGAAAAGCAAAGAAAGUUAGCUGAAUCUCAGGAAAAGGCUAUUGUUAAAGCAGAACAAGAGGCAAAUGAGCUGAAGACAAUAAUGAAAGACGAAGUCAGCAAACGACAGGAUGUCGCUGUCGAUGCUGAAAAACAGAAGCACAAUAUCCAACGAGAGCUUCAGGAGCUCAAAAGCAUUUCAGAGCAGGAAAUCAAGUCUAAGACUCAACAGGUAGAGGUAGCGCUCCAAAGCCGCACAAGAAUUGAAGAAGAAAUCCGUAUAAUCCGGCUUCAGCUGGAGACGACGAUAAAACAAAAAAAUACUGCUGAAACAGAGCUUCAGCAGCUCAGGGACAAAGCGGCAGAUGCUGACAAACUUCAAAAGGCAGUGCAGGACGAGGCAGAAAAGCUUCGGAAACAAGUUGCUGAAGAGACUCAGAAGAAACGUAAGGCAGUGGAGGAGCUUAAACUGAAAUCAGAGGCAGAAAAGGAGGCUGCCAAAGAGAAGAAGAAGGCCUUUGAGGAUCUCGAGAAGUUCAAGCUCCAAGCUGAGGAAGCUGAGAGGCACCUGAAGCAAGCAGAGUUGGAAAAGCAGCGACAGAUUCAAGUGGUAGAGGAGGUGGCUAAGAAGACCGCAGCCACCCAGCUUGAGAGUAAACAAUUGACAUUAACAGCAAAACUGGAAGAGUCACUCAAACAUGAGCAGGUAAUGGUCAUUCAACUGCAGGAAGAGGCAGAACAUCUCAAAAAGCAGCAAGCCGAAGCAAAUAAGGCGAGAGAGCAGGCAGAGAAGGAGCUAGAGACAUGGAGACAGAAGGCUAAUGAAGCUCUCCGGCUCCGGCUCCAGGCAGAGGAAGAGGCUAAUAAAAAAACUGCAGCUCAGGAGGAGGCAGAGAAACAGAAGGAGGAGGCCAAACGGGAGGCAAAGAAGAGAGCAAAAGCUGAGGAGGCUGCCCUUAAACAGAAAGAGACCGCCGAAAAGGAACUGGAGAAUCAAAGAAAGAUGGCUGAAGAAACGGCUAAACAGAAGCUUGCAGCAGAGCAAGAGCUUAUUCGGUUAAGAGCAGAUUUUGAGCAUGCUGAACAACAGAGGACUGUCUUGGAUAAUGAGCUUCAGCGUCUCAAAAAUGAUGUUAAUGCUGCCGUUAAACAGAAGAAAGAGUUGGAGGAGGAACUGGUCAAAGUUAGGAAGGAGAUGGAAGUUUUGUUGCAGAUAAAAUCCAAAGCUGAGAAAGAGUCUAUGUCAACCACUGAAAAGAGCAAACAACUACUUGAAUCUGAGGCCGCCAAGAUGAAGGAACUGGCUGAGGAGGCGACUAAAUUGAGGUCAGUUGCAGAAGAAGCAAAGAAACACAGGCAGAUCGCAGAAGAAGAAGCUGCCUGCCAGAGAGUGGAGGCUGAAAAGAUCCUCAAAGAAAAGUUAGCAGCUAUCAAUGAAGCAACCCGUCUAAAAACGGAGGCUGAGAUCGCUUUGAAAGAGAAGGAGGCUGAAAAUGACCGUCUAAAGAGAAAAGCCGAAGACGAGGCCUACCAGAGGAAAGUUCUUGAAGAUCAAGCAUCACAGCAUAAGCAAGAGAUCGAAGAAAAGAUUGAUCACUUAAAGAAGUCCUCAGACACUGAGCUCGACAGGCAAAAGAAAAUCGUAGAAGAAACUUUGAAACAGAGGAAAGUGGUGGAGGAGGAGAUCCACAUUCUCAAGCUAAAUUUCGAAAAGGCUUCAACUGGCAAACGGGACCUUGAACUUGAGCUUAACAAACUGAAGGGUAUUGCAGAUGAGACACAAAAGAGCAAAGCGAAGGCAGAGGAGGAGGCAGAGAAAUUCAGAAAACUUGCUUUGGAAGAAGAGAAAAAAAGAAAACAGGCAGAGGCCAAGGUAAAAGAAAUCCAAGCUGCAGAAGAAGAGGCAGCAAGGCAACACAAAGCAGCUCAAGAGGAGGUUGAGCGUCUUAUAAAGUUAGCGGAGGAUGCCAAAAAGCAGAGGGAGCUUGCAGAGAAAGAAGCUGAGAAACAGGUCAUUUUAGUCAAAGAGGCUGCACAAAAGUGCUCUGCUGCUGAACAGAAAGCCCAAGAUGUUCUUCUCCAGCAAAAUAAAGGCACCAUGGCUCAGGAUAUACUCAAGGGAGAGUUUGAAAAAGCAAAGAAACUGGCGCAAGAUGCGGAAAAGGCUAAAGACAAGGCUGAAAAAGAGGCUGCCCUGUUGCAGAAGAAAGCGGAGGAAGCAGAGCGUCAAAAGCAGGCAGCUGAGGCUGAAGCUGCCAAACAGGCAAAAGCCCAGGAAGAUGCUGAAAAAAUGAGGAAGGAAGCCGAGGCUGAAGCUUCCAGACGGGCGGAGGCAGAAGCUGCUGCUUUAAAACAAAAACAAGAGGCUGAUGCUGAAAUGGCCAAGUACAAAAAGCUUGCAGAAAAGACCCUGAAGCAGAAGUCUUCGGUUGAGAAGGAGUUAGUGAAGGUUAAAGUGCAACUUGAUGAGACGGACAAACAGAAAUCCAUCCUUGAUGAUGAACUUAAGCGACUUAAACAAGAGGUCAGUGAUGCUAUCAAGCAGAAGGCUCAAGUAGAGGAUGAGCUCUCUAAAGUCAAGAUUCAGAUGGAGGACUUACUAAAACUGAAACUGAAAAUUGAAAAGGAAAACCAAGAGCUUAUGAAGAAAGAUAAGGACAACACAAAGAAACUUCUUGAGGAAGAGGCAGAGAACAUGAAAAAAUUGGCGGAGGAGGCAGCACGGCUCAACAUUGAGGCUCAAGAAGCUGCAAGAUUACGACAAAUUGCAGAGUCUGAUCUUGCAAAACAGAGGGAACUGGCUGAUAAGAUGCUGGAAGAGAAAAAACAGGCCAUUCAGGAGGCAAAACAACUAAAGGCAGAAGCUGAAAAGCUCCAGAAACAGAAAGAUCAGGCACAGGUAGAGGCUCAAAAGCUAAUGGAGGCCAAAAAGGAGAUGCAGGAGCGUCUGGAGCAGGAGACUGAAGGUUUCCAGAAAUCCUUAGAGGCUGAACGCAAGCGGCAAUUAGAGAUUACUGCAGAGGCUGAAAAACUGAAGAUCAAAGUGGCACAGCUAAGUCAUGCUCAAUCAAAAGCAGAGGAGGAAGCCAAAAAAUUCAAGAAACAAGCAGAUGAAAUCAAAUCCCGCCUACUAGAGACAGAAAAACAGACUUCAGAAAAACAUCCUGUUGUUGAGAAGUUGGAAGUACAAAGGCUGCAGAGCAAAAAAGAGGCUGAUGGUCUGCAUAAAGCAAUUGCAGAGCUUGAGAAAGAAAAAGAAAAACUGAAAAAAGAGGCAGCUGACUUACAAAAACAAUCAAAAGAGAUGGCCAAUGUACAACAAGAUCAGUUGCAGCAGGAAAAGACUAUUCUCCAGCAAACAUUCUUAGCAGAAAAAGAAACACUGCUGAACAAAGAGAAAGCUGUUGAGGCAGAGAAAAAGAAGCUGGAGAAGCUAUUUGAAGAUGAAGUUAAGAAGGCUGAAGCACUCAAAGAUGAACAGGAGCGUCAGAAUAAGCAAAUGGAGGAGGAGAAAAAGAAACUGCAGUCUGCCAUGGAUGAUGCUAUCAAAAAGCAAAAGGAUGCUGAGGAAGAGAUGCAUUCCAAGCAAAAAGAAAUGCAAGAACUUGAAAAGAAAAGAAUUGAACAAGAGAAACUUCUGGCAGAGGAAAACAAGAACUUGCGAGAAAAACUCCAGCAGCUUCAGAGUUCACAGAAGCCAUCCCGCACCAAGGAGAUUGAAAUCCAAACUGACAAUGUCCCCGAAGAAGAGUUAGUUCAAAUGACCAUGGUAGAAACAACAAAGAAGGUCCUAAAUGGCUCUACAGAAGUGGAUGGUGUGAAAAAAGAUGUACCCCUGGCAUUUGAUGGAAUCAGAGACAAGGUGCCUGCAAGCAGACUUCAUGAGAUUGGUGUGCUCAGCAAAAAAGAUUUCGACAAGCUUAAGAAAGGCAAAACUACGGUGCAAGAGCUUUCUAAGAACGACAAGGUCAAGAUGUGCCUAAAAGGUAAAGACUGCAUUGGCGGUGUAAUAGUUGAACCCAACCAGAAAAUGAGUAUCUAUCAAGCUUUGAAGGACAAGAAGAUUCCACAAAGCACAGCUAUGAUGCUUCUCGAAGCCCAAGCUGCAUCUGGUUACAUAACUGACCCCGUUAAGAACAGAAGACUCUCCGUCAGUGAAGCUGUGAAGGAUACCUUGAUUGGACCCGAGUUGCACACCAAGUUGUUAACUGCCGAACGGGCUGCCACAGGAUUCAAAGAUCCAUUCACUGGAGAUACAAUCUCACUAUUUGAAGCAAUGAAAAAAGGUUUAAUUGCAGAGGACCAGGCCUCUAAACUUCUUGACUCUCAAUAUGCAACUGGUGGGAUAAUUGAUCCUGUCAAUAGCCACCGUAUACCUGUCCAGAUGGCAUGCACACAAGGUCAACUCGAUGAAGACCUAAGCAAAGUUCUUUCCAGCCCUCCUGCUAACAAAAAAGCAUUCAUUGACCCCAACACUCAGGAUAGCCUCACUUAUGGUGAGUUACUGGAGCGAUGCAAACCAGAUCCUGAGACAGGCAUUCCAUUACUACCAAUCACAGAACAAGCAGCCCAAAUUGAAAGAACUUAUACCGAUGAGGAAACUAAAGAUGUAUUUAGUAAGGCUAACUUAACAGUUCCAUUUGGAAGAUUCAAAGGAAAGACUGUCACGAUCUGGGAGGUCAUAAACUCUGAGUACUUCACUGAAGAUCAGAGAAAGGAUCUUAUCCGUCAAUACAAGACAGGCAAAAUUACAGUUGAAAAAAUAAUUAGAAUUGUAAUAACUGUUGUAGAGGACAAGGAGAACAUGAAGGAACCUGCGUUUGAUGGUUUGAGAUCAUCAGUGCCAGCGUCUGAACUUCUAGAAGCAAAAGUUAUUAAUAAAGAUUUAUUCAACAAAUUGCACAAUGGAAAAGCUACUCUUAAAGAGGUGUCUGAGCUUGAACCUGUCAAGAAAGCCCUAAAGGGGGCACACAGUAUUGCUGGAGUGCAGAUUGAGUCAACUUCUGAAAAGAUGUCUUUCUACGAAGCCAUGAAGAAGGACUUACUUGGAACAGAGCCUGCACUUAACCUUCUGGAGGCCCAAGCCGGAACAGGCUUCAUAAUUGAUCCAGUGAAAAAUCAAAAGCUCACAGUUGAUGAAGCAGUCAAAAGUGGUGUUGUUGGCCCAGAGCUGCAUGAAAAAUUGUUGUCUGCAGAAAGAGCUGUUUGUGGUUACAGAGAUCCAUAUACUGGAAAAACUGUAUCCCUGUUUGAGGCAAUGCAAAAAGAUCUCAUUAAGAAAGACCAAGGUGUCCGUCUGCUGGAAGCUCAACUUGCAACUGGAGGAAUUAUUGACCCUGAGAAAAGUUACCGCAUAACUCCAGAAAUUGCAUAUAAACGUGGUUACCUAAAUGAGGAGAUGAACCAAAACUUAAGCAGCCCAUCAGACACAAAUACAGUAUUUGUUGACCCCAACACACAAGAACAUGUCACUUAUGUUGAACUGCUGAAAAGAUGCAUCACUGAUAAGCAGACUGGUCUCCCAUUGCUGCCACUAAAAGAAAAGGCAAUCAAGUCAAAGGAAAUGGAACCAGUUUCUGACGCACAAACUAAAGAGACCUUGAGCCAUGCUACGGUUGAGUUACACAGUGGACUUUUUAAAGGAAGAAAAAUCACCAUUUGGGAGAUUAUCAACUCUGAAUAUUUCACAGAAGAACAAAGGAUUGAAUUUAUUCAGCAGUAUAGAACAGGAAAAAUCACUAUUGAAAAACUGAUCAAGAUUGUGAUCACUACAGUGGAUGAAAAAGAAAAGAAGAGAUGGGACAACUUUGAAGGUUUCAGAGGUCCUGUACCAGCCAGUUCCUUGCUUGAAUCUAAAAUCAUUGACAAAGACACCUAUGAUAAAAUCCAACAAGGCAAAAAGAAACCCGCAGAAGUUAGUGACUCCAUCAAACGCUACUUGCGAGGUUUUGAUUGCAUUGCUGGGGUAUUUUUAGAAAAAAACAAGGAAAAACUCAGCAUUUACCAAGCAGUAAAGCAGAAACUACUGACACCAAACACAGGUUUGUCCCUGCUAGAAGCCCAAGCAGCUACUGGCUACAUAGUUGAUCCCAUCAGGAAUGAGAAAUUUACAGUGGAUGAUGCUGUUAAGGCUGGCAUUGUUGGUCCAGAGCUUCAUGAGAAACUGCUAUCCGCAGAGAAAGCGGUUACUGGUUACAAAGAUCCAUACACUGGUAAUAAGAUCUCUCUUCUUCAAGCAAUGCAAAAACAGCUUGUUCUAAGAGAACAUGCCAUACCUCUUCUAGAGGCUCAGGAGGCUACUGGAGGGAUAAUUGAUCCAGUAAAUAGCCAUCGACUUCCCAGUGAUAUAGCCAUUCAGCGUGGCUACUUCAGCAAGCAAUUAGCCAAAUCGUUUAAAGACCCCACAGAUGACAUCAAAGGUUUCACUGACCCUACCAAAGAUGAGAAUGUCACAUACAAACAAUUGAAGGAGAGCUGUAUGACUGAUCAAGAGUUUGGAAUUGUCCUGUUGCACCUUUCUAAAGCCCAGACUCCAGAGAAAGCGGAGAAAUCCUAUGUUUACACUGAGGAGCAAGCACAAAUGGACUUAGCUAACACUCAAAUUGACAUACCACAUGAGAGUUUUGCAGGGAAACAAGUGACUUUAUGGGAAGUCAUGAAAUCAGAUUUGCUUCCAGAAGAGGAAAGACAAAGGCUUCUUGAACAGUACCGCUCCGGCAAAAUCACAAAAGAGAGAAUGGUCAUUAUUGUAAUUGAAAUUAUUGAACAAAGAGAGAUCAUCAGGACUGAGCAGAGUAUGUCGUGUGAUGUCAUCAGACGCCGGGUUACUAUUGAUGAACUUUACAGAGCUCGCAUUAUAGACCUAGAAUCUUACAACCUGCUCAAACAAGGCAAGAAAAAGAUUCGGGAGGUUAUGGAGAUGCCAAGUGUGAAGCAGUAUCUUUUUGGAACAGGCAGCAUUGCUGGAAUACUCUCAGAUAACUAUGCUAAGGUUAGCAUCUACCAAGCCAUGAAGAGAGGUCUCAUAAAGCCUGACAUUGGCAUAGAUCUGUUGGAAGCACAAGCAGCAACAGGAUUCAUCACUGACCCUGUGAAAGAUGAAUUGUUGACAGUUGAUGAGGCCGUCCGGAAGGGUCUUGUUGGCCCAGAGAUCCAUGACAAACUCUUGUCUGCUGAAAGAGCAGUCACAGGUUACAAGGAUCCCUAUAGCGGUAAAGUGAUUUCUUUGUUCCAAGCCAUGAAAAAGGACCUCGUUCCUGAGGAUUAUGCCAUGAAGCUUUUGGAGGCCCAGUUAGCAACAGGUGGCCUCAUGGAUCCAGAGUACUAUUUCCACCUCCCAAUUGAUGUCGCCAUGCAACGUGGUUACAUAAACAAAGAAACCAGUGACAGGAUAUCUGAUCCAAGUGGAGAUGUCAAACAGUUUACGGAUCCUACAACAGACGAAAAGCUGUCUUAUGCACUACUUCUUAACAGAUGUAAGGUUGAUAAAGAGAGUGGCUUACGAUUGUUGUCUCUGGCAGACAAGAGACUUCUAUUUAAGGGCCUUAGAAAGCAGAUCACCCCAGAUGAGUUGUUGCGCUCUCAAAUUAUUGAUCAGAAAACCUAUACAGCUCUCAUGGAGGGUACCAUUUCUGUGGAGGACCUUAGUAAAGACCUGAAGAAAUAUCUUGAAGGCAUCAGCUCUAUUGCAGGUGUGUAUGUAGAGGCUACCAAAGAUCGACUGUCAGUCUACCAAGCCAUGAAGAAGAACAUGAUCAGACCAGGCACUGCAUUUGAACUUCUGGAGGCUCAGGCAGCUACUGGGUAUGUGAUUGAUCCGAUCAAAAAUCUCAAAAUGAAUGUCAUUGAAGCUGUAAAAAUGGGAGUCGUGGGACCAGAAUUUAAAGAUAAGCUCCUCUCUGCUGAACGAGCUGUGACCGGCUACAAAGAUCCAUACUCUGGCAAGGUGAUCUCCCUGUUCCAGGCUAUGAAGAAAGGUCUUAUUCUGAAAGACCAUGGUAUCCGUCUGCUUGAGGCUCAAAUAGCCACCGGUGGAAUCAUUGAUCCUGAAGAGAGUCAUCGACUGCCUGUUGAAAUGGCCUACAAACGGGGUCUCUUUGAUGAAGAGAUGAAUGGUAUUCUCACUGAUCCCUCUGACGACACAAAGGGGUUCUUCGAUCCAAACACAGAAGAGAAUUUGACCUACCUCCAGCUCAUGGAGCGCUGCAUGACAGACCCUGAAACUGGACUUUCACUUUUACUGCUGAAAGAAAAGAAACGAGAAAGAAAGACAUCCUCCAAGUCUUCAGUCCGUAAACGUAGAGUUGUCAUCGUAGAUCCAGAAACGGGAAAAGAAAUGUCUGUGUAUGAGGCAUACAGCAAAGGACUCAUUGACCAUCAAACAUACAUUGAGCUUGCAGAGCAGGAGUGUGAAUGGGAAGAAAUUACCACCUCAUCAUCAGAUGGUGUUUUUAAGUCUAUGAUCAUUGACAGAAGGUCUGGACGGCAGUAUGACAUUGAUGAUGCAAUCUCCAAGGGCCUCAUAGACCAGUCAUCUUUGGACCAGUACCGUGCUGGUACCCUUUCCAUAACUGAAUUUGCAGACAUGCUCUCCGGUAAUAUGAGUGGCUUCAGAUCUCGAUCAUCUUCCUUUGGAUCCAGCUCAUCCUAUCCCAUGAGUCCAAUUCCAUCCAUAAAGAUGCCGGCCACAACCUGGACUGAUCCAACCGAGGAAACUGGACCAGUGGCUGGAAUUUUAGAUACAGAUACUUUGGAAAAGGUGUCAGUUACGGAGGCUAUGCAUCGGAAUCUAGUUGACAAUAUCUCCGGUCAAAGACUACUAGAAGCACAAGCAUGCACAGGAGGAAUUAUUGACCCAAACACUGGAGAGAAAUUCUCUGUUGCUGAUGCAAUGAACAAAGGGCUGGUGGACAAGAUCAUGGUUGAACGUAUCAACCUUGCUCAGAAAGCUUUUCAGGGAUUUGAAGAUCCAAGAACCAAAACCAAAAUGUCCGCCGCUCAAGCCUUAAAGAAGGGUUGGCUCUACUACGAAGCUGGUCAACGCUUCCUUGAAGUCCAGUACCUAACAGGUGGUUUAAUUGAACCGGAUGUUUCAGGAAGACUAUCGUUGGAUGAUGCUGUCAAGAAUGGCACUCUAGAUGCACGCACUGCACAGAAACUGAGAGAUGUCAGUGGAUAUUCAAAAUACCUCACCUGCCCCAAAACAAAACUCAAGAUCUCAUACAAGGAUGCCAUGGACAGAAGCAUGAUCGAGGAAGGAUCUGGCCUGAGGUUGCUAGAGGCGUCCUCUCAGUCAAGUAAAGGCCUUUACAGCCCAUACAGCAUCAGUGGCUCUGGAUCAACUUCAGGGUCGAGGUCUGGAUCCAGAACUGGUUCAAGAUCAGGCUCUAGAAGGGGAAGUUUUGAUGCUACAGGCUCAGGUUUCUCCAUGGGUUUUUCCUCAUCUUUCAGCCCCACUAGCUAUGGCCGUCGUUAUGAUUCAGGGGCACAUGGUGGACUUCAGAUGGAUGAGCUAAAGCAAGCCCUUCUAGCUUUAGCAUCAGGCAGGAACUGUUGCUACGAUGAAAAGAGAAUCUUCACAUUAUCACAAACUCAGCCCUCUUUAGUUGCUUAAUUUAUGUACACAAAAGGACAUUUAUCCUGCUCUGCAUGAUAUUGCAAAUGGGCUUUUUUAAUGAUGGAAAUAAUAAUGCUAUAUAAGACUGGCUUUAAUAUUUUUUCAUUUUUAUAUAUUUAGUUAAAUAUACAGAUGUUUUUUUCUCUCACUUUCCUUUUCAUUUUGACAUGACAGUAUAAAAUUACAUCAUAAACCGUUUAUUCUGCACAGCAUUCAUGGCAGAAUCAUUUUCAUAUAUAUUUUUUUUAUAUUCAGUCUUUUCAAUUAUUAGCAGUGUUAAAUACUUAUAGCCUCUCUUUUUUAUUAUCUUGUUUUUUUCCAUGUACCUUGAAAACUGGCACAUGAAAAAUAAUGAAGUUUCAAGAAUGUUUAGAUUUCUUAGAGAGGAUAUGGUAAUGCUUCAAAUGAGAUGUAGAAGUUAUUUGUUAUAUAUUUUGGUGUGUACCACAUUUGGUUGUAUUUUAACACUGAACAUUAUAAGCCAGCAUGGUAAAAAGGGGGAGCUGUUACUAUCUGCAGAGCGGAAUAAAGUCCAUUUGGACAUUUAUGAUGGGGAGCAUGUCAAUAAACAAAACAUUACACAUCUUGGCAGCACUGCCAUAGACAUUGUUCUUGAGAAAUCCAUUCUCUUCUCAUAACUGGAAACUAGAAAACAAUAAACCUUGAACUAUGCAGUCUUACUAGAUAAAGUGAAAUGGAUUCACCAAUCCUACAGCCAUCUUAAAAACUCCAGAUCCUUGCAGAAUUUGCCACAAAUCACUCUAAAGAUGACAAUAAAACAUCUUUAAAAGGCAUAAAUGACUCCCAUCCCAACCAUAGUUUGCCUCUGGCCCUUCGUCUGAUUUAAAGGGGACCUCACUUGCGCCUUAACCUUGUGUGACGUCUGCAGUAAUUUCCUUGUAAAUAUAAUGUGCACCUUCUUAAGACAAUAAUUAUGUCUCGUUGCAGAUUAUAUAGAAUGUAACAAUAUAAGAUUUUCAUUGUUUAUUGUUGCAUAAAAGCAGCCUUUAUCAUUUGGCAGUUUAAAUAAUAACAAACCUGGCCAAUAAUGUAAAUUCAAACAUUUUCUUUCAUGCACUGUGUAGUUGUCAAAUGAAAGCCUCUUAAUAUCAUAAAUAAUGGGUCUCAUUUUUUUUAUCAGGAGGGGUCUCUUUCUGUCUACUACAGAAUAUGCCCCGACUACCUCUUUAAAUUCAAGUCCCCAUUUGUUAUGAUAAUUUGCUUU